UUCGAGCCUCAAUCAGUGGACUUUCUGGACAUCUCGAAUCCGCGUGCUGUGCUCGAGAACAUUCUUCGAGGCUUCGCGUGUCUAUCUGAGGGAGACUUGAUCGCCCUUCACUACAAUGACAAAAUAUACGAAUUACGGGUAGUCGAAACCAAACCGAAUAAUGGCAUUUCUAUCAUUGAAUGUGAUCUAAAUGUUGACUUUGCACCGCCUGUGGGUUAUGUAGAGCCUACAAGGAACAACACUCCAUCGUCGUCCCAG